AUUCAACACUAGCAAAUUCCUCACUACACUGACAUGUCACUUUGAUGGGGAAAGUCGUCCUGGCGCCAAACCGCGCCAAACGAACAAAGCGAGGUGGAGCCGCCUCGUGUCGGGAAGCGCGUCGUCUUUGUGUGUGUCUCCAGCCCCUGCAUCGUCGCCACUGUAGAGUCAACAUGGUGGAGAAGAAGGGCACGAAGCAGGCCACGAUGUUCAGCUUCUUCUCACCGACGAAGCCUGGCCAGGAAUCAGACGAGAACGCGGCAGAUUUAGAGCCAAAGAGCGUCGCAACUAAGAGACCGCGUUCAGAGUCUUCUCCUGCUAAAACGGAGACAAAUGCUGCUAAUUCCACCGAUAAAAUGGAGUCUGUGGACCAAAAGAAGGCUACGCCAGUCAAACCAAAGGCUAGAGGAAGGCCUAAAGGCAAAGCUAAGGGAAAAACCAAGGCGUCGCCUAAAGCCAAGGCCAAACCUAGGAAAAAGCGGCAACCUGUACGAUUCGUGUCGCCUCAUGCUGCAAUGAAUAGUGAGGAUGAAGACGAGGAUUUGGAUGACGACGAGGACGUGUUCAAUACGCCCGAAGCGAAGCGAGCCAGAGCUGAACUGGAGUCAGGAGGGGACAUUGUACCUGCUGGAGCUCCCAUCUCGGACGACGCCAUUGUGGACGACUCGGACGUUGUGGAUGUCAGUGGAAAUGCAAUUACUACUGAGACAGUGGCUGAUGCACAGGAUACAGUUGAAGAGGCUGAGGCUAAGGAGAGUGCUGCAGCUGGAAACGUUGUGGAUCUCACUACUGCUAAAACUACUUCAGAAAGUACGAAAACAAGAGGCAGGACAGCGGCGGCAAGGAGUAAUAAAACAGCAGCCAAGACGCCUACAAAGCGGCAACAGAAGAUGAAGGAAAAGGUUGCGGAAGCGAAACCUGUCCCUGUUGAGCCUUUAGACCCAGCCAUUCAGGCUCGUGUGGACACAUACAAGCUCAAGACAGAUGAAUUGACUCGUCAGUACACAGAACUCCUGCAAUCUGAACAGGAGAGCGACGUCAUCAUGCAGGAAAUCUAUGGUGCUGGACUGGAUCGCGACUUGGACGUUACUGUAGACCACGACAAAGCACAGCAGGCUUUAGCGGAGACGUGGCAGAAGCUUCGAGACCACGCACAUGCCUCCAGUACUGCAGACGCUGUGGUUCUGCCGUCUUCAGUUGAGUUCCCUCACGAAGUUAAGUGUUUAAUUGUCAAGGGCAUUCAAGGAAAGACGAUGAGUCUGUCAGCAAUAACCAGCCAGCUUCUCGCCUUAUUCAAGAAAGAUCUCGAGGCUGAGGACGUGGAUAUGGAGGCGACAGAGAUCACAAGCUCGUCUGAUUCGGAGAAAUUAGAUAACACAGCCAUUUUGGCAAUGGAGAUGGAGAUCAAGAUGCUCGCACAACGUACGCUAUACGGUGUGAAACCUGCGAAAGCGAAUAUAUUCGAGGACACAAGUGUCGACGCGUUGUGGGUGUGGGAGGUAGGGAACCUGGAUAAGUAUUUCCAGGACGCUGCACAGAAGACAAUAAAGCGUAUGCGCAAGAACCGCAAACGUCUGGGUCAGCAGUUGAAAGCCCUGGCGCGAGUAAUCCAGCUGCUGCAUCAGAAACCAGUGGACGAGGCGAAGGUGAGUGCGGAAGAGGCCAAGAUCGGCAAGUUCGGCUUUGCUGUUGACACGGAGUUGCAAAAGGCGAAGACUCGGGAGACUAAAGUGCAGGAGAAGCGCAGUGCAACGGAAGAGAAGAAGCGGCAUGAAAAGGAACGGCAACAAGCUAAGGAAGCGAAGGAUGAAGAGAAACGUAAACGAGAACGUGAGGAACAAGAGCAAAAGGCCGCGACGUCCAAGAAGUUCAAGGCGUUCUUUGAGUCUAGCAAGGCUAAUGACGCUGGAAGUAGCGACGCUGCAAUCGAUAUGACUGGCGACCAAGACACGGCAGAAUCAAGCAAUGUAGACCAAAGCAAGAGCACCAAGAUCGCCCAAAUGGACGCUGCGUUUAGCUUCGUGGGGUCUAGUUCGUCUGGAGCAGUGGAGAGUUCUCAACUGGCGAUCUUCUCAUCGUUGAAAGGCCAGCGCGAUGCAACCAAGAAACAAGCAGUCGAGUUGCCUCUUCUAGGCUGGAGUUCUCGUCGUCAUCGAGACUCGAAGCUUGGCGUAAUGAAGCUGCUACAGUUCUACGAGAAUAGUCGACCGGCGUACUAUGGCACGUACAGUACGAGGAGUCCAGUUUUCCGUGGCGGUCGACGGCCACUCGCACAAUUUGCUAAGUUCGAUUACUCCGUGGACAGUGACGAUGAGUGGGAAGAAGAAGAGCCUGGUGAAAGUCUAUCGGACGAUGAUAACGACGGCGAAGAGUCCGACGAGGAUAAUUUGGACUACGGAGACCAGUGGCUGGCCUACGAGGAUGAAGUGGACUACAUGGACGGCGUGGAUGCUGAAGACGACACAAUGGAACACGGGGAAGGACCUUCGUCGCCGACGAAGCACAAACUACCGUCACAGCUGCAGAAGAAGCGCGUGAAGGCUAAAGCCGUCAAGCCUGCGAAGCUGGAAACCCAGAUCCUCGGACCAUUCUGGUGUCUUGAAGAAAGUAAGGAUUGUACGGAUCACUUGUCUGGACUGGCUGGUGAGCUAUUAUGUGAGCCGGUGUUCGAGUCUACGAUGAUGCGUAAAGCUCGUGAAUAUGAAGAAGAACAGAAACGACUGGAGGCUGUGCGACUAGAGCAGCAGCGGAAGAAGGACCAGCUGCAAGAACAAGAGAAGGCAAAGAAGAAGAAGGUUGAGCAGGCCAAGCAGAAGACUGAAACUGCGGCUUGUACAGAGAAACAAGCGGGGACAGCAAAGAAUACGACGUCACAGAAGGCAACACCUCAGAAACCCAAGACGCAGAAGUCGCCAGCGAAGACUCCGAUCACUUCUCCGAGCACGACCAAGACAACGUCGGCAACUUCACCCUCACCGGCCAAACCGUCAGGUUCUCAGAUAGAUUCCUUUUUCAAAAAGAUGACGGGGCCUGUACUGGUGCCUCCGAAGCCACAACAGCCGAAACCACAGCCAGAAGACAAUGGGAAGACGAAGGACGGUAGUGUGGAAAUCAUUUCGGUUGAUUAGCUUUGUGUUGGGCUUGAUAUUGACCAGCGAAUAUAACGCACUGCUACUUUACUUCUCAAAUGCCU